AUGACUGAUAAAAGGGAGGAGAAGAAGGAAGACCUUCGCCUGCAAUUUAUCUUCGAAUAUUUGAAAUGCUCGAGUGGUUUAAAACCAGACAAAUGGAGCAAAAUGAUCAAUACCCAGGAGUCGAAGGAUUUAAUUCUUAAAUUCUUCAACACACCCACGGAAAAUAUGCUAACUAUGCAAGUGUCUUCAGCAGGAGUGCUCAUUCCUGCCCUGGGAAUACAACCAGGCGCCAAAGUCAAGACGUCCUACUUUGCCAGACGACAGCCGGUUAAUAUUACAGAAGUUAAUUACAGGGAGAUGCUCAUCCCAGGUGAUAUGUCUCCCAAACCAAUUGAGGAUUUCGCUGUACUCAUGGAGGAGGUUUAUACACCGAUGCUCACCAACUCUGAAAAUCAAGAGAGAUGGCCCCUAUUCCUACGUAAAGACGUGGAGAAACGUGUCCACGAUAUGAAGAAUAGUAUUUAUGAACUCCAAGGAAAUAUAAACGGCGAGACUGUCUUAUCAAUGCCAUUAGGAAUCGAAAAACUUUUCCAAGUGGAGAAUUUGACUAGCGAUCACGUGGAUUAUGAACUGAAGUCCAAUAUCGAGGACACUAUCGCCAAAUGGAGUUUUCAAAUUAAGCAAGUCCUUGCUGAAAGUAGUACGGACAUUAAGAGCGACUCUCACCCCCUGCCAACUGCUGAGAUAGAAUUCUGGAGACUGAGACUCAAGAACAUUGAGUCUAUCUACGAGCAGAUGAAAGAUCCGAGAGUUAAGAAAAUGGUAUCCCUUCUUCAAGUGACUGAAAGUCCUUAUCUCAACAGUUUUGAGAUUUUAUUCAAGAAUAUUAUUGCGGCUGUCGUCGAAGCGAGAGACAUUUAUCUGCACUUGAGGCCAUUACAGUCGCACUUUGAAGUGAUGGAAGGACUCGAUUUGGACGAAUUUCAAUCUAAUAUCAAACCAUUGAUGCAUUGCAUUUGUUUGGCGUGGGCUAAUUCAAGAUAUUAUUCCACCUCAACGCACAUUAUUACGAUGCUGUCCCAAGUUGUUAAUAUGCUCAUUACUCAGGCCUCAAAAUUUUUGGAUCCAUCAUCACUGUUUGAAGGUGACAUAAACGACACACUGAAGAAAGUUGUAUCAGUGGUGGAGCUUACGCAGCACUUCUCAGAUGUUGUUGAACAUUGCAGAGUCAACAUUGAGAGUUAUUUCAAACCCGAGGUGGAGCCCGUGCUCUGGACAUUUCACGAGAAACUCAUAUUUCACCGUCUAUGGAAGUACGAGACACGACUGCAGCAGAUUAAAAACAUAUUCGACAUUGUCCAGGACUACAUGAAACUGGAUCGCACAGAAAUCGGCGGCUUGAAUGGAAAAUUUCUGUGUCAGGCUGUGUUUCAAAUAUACGAUGAUUUCGUCAAGACAUAUAACGAAUUGGGAGCCGUUCAGGAUGAUAUUCUAUUACCGGAGAACAAUCAUUUCACCAAGACUAUUGAAGAAUUUAUGGAGAAGAUAAAUGAUUACGACCGGAAACUGGUGACGGUAUUCCACAAAUCAUUCGCAGAAUGCCACACCAUCGAGGGUAGGAUAAAAUUUAUAUGGCAAAUAGGAUCGAUCGCCCUGAGACCAAUUCUCCAGUCAAACCUGCUAAAUCAUUACGAGGAUCUCCUCUUAAAAAUCCACGAGUGUCUAGACAACGUAAAGAUUUUAUUCGACCGAGGUAUGAAAAUGAAGGAGGAAGUGGGAUAUACUCCAGUGGAUCAAUAUUUUCCACCAGUAGCUGGGGCGUUAUGGUGGCUGAUGAAGUUGAAGCGUCGUACUAAUUAUCCUGUAGAGUCCCUAAAGUUGAUAGAUCACCCGGUGCUCGUCAGUCAAUCAGCACGCGAGAUAGCCGCCAAGUACGAGGAACUCGAGAGCAUCAUGAACACUGCUGAGAAUGAGAUAUUCACCGAGUGGUCCGACCGAGUACCGGCUAUUUGCGAGGAAAAUUUAGUCAAAACUCUAUUUGUCGUUAACGAUGAUCGAUCUCUCGAGUCUAAUUUCGAUCCCCAGCUCGAUGGAAUUCUCAGGGAAACUAAAUACAUGCACAUCAUGCAUAAGACUGAGCUACCUCAGGAUGCCAUCGAUCUAUUCAACAGGACGCAAUUUUUCCUUCAAAAUAAUUAUGACAUCGGACUUAUCAUCACUUGGUACAAUGAAGUGAAGAAUAAAAGUUCGAGGGUUGAGAUGGAGCUGUUGCAGGAGGAGCUGGAGGUGAUUGAUGGGACGAUUGACGAUGGUCAGAUCCAUUACAAUUGGAAUUCACCAGAAACUCCGGAGUAUGUCAAGGUACUCUUGGCCUCUGUGAGGAGCAUGCAUGCGCGGGUGAUGAAAGCGCAGGAGAACGUGGAGAAGCUGAUGAAGAUGAUGUACGAGUGGGCAAUGGCUCCUGUGCUGAUUCGGAAGGAUGGAAAGCCCGAGAAUUUACUGGCCAUUGGCGAACGCGAGGCUAGAUUCGAGAAGAGAUAUCGGGACAUUGAGGCCUUUGGGGAGGAGGUGCGCAGGAUUUUGCUCGAAAAUUGCAAGCUCUAUUUUGAUUUGCUGCCGGAGUCGUUUUAUUUGAAGGAGGAAGCCGAUCUGGCUCCCUCGGAUCUCCAACCUGAAGAGCUUGACCCUGAUGCAGAGAAAUUUGAUGACACCACUGACGCAGACGCUGGCUUUGGCGAAGGUGAUGAAGGAGAAACAGAAACGCUUACCGUGAACGUGGAAAUGACUCCGUCACAAGAACUGAGGAAGCGGGAGAAAGAUGAAAAAGAAAUGGAACUUGAAGCACCACGACAGGUCAAGUGGAAACCUUACCUCGCUUAUAUUGAUCAGUUGGUAUCUGAGGGCUUAGUGCAGGCAGUGUCAACGAGUAUCUGCUACAUCCUCGACGACACAGACCCCGAGGCCUCAAUUUUCCCGCUCUUCGAAGUGCAACUUUCCUUAGACCCCCCGGAUAUUGUUUUUCGUCCACCAGUGCAAAUAGCCGAUCCAAAAGGAUUCUACGUAUUUUACGAGGGUUUGAUGUUCGACAUGAUGAAAAUGGGAACAUUAAUUCCUCGUUUAGACCCGGAGAAAGCGUUGGAACGAGAAAAUUAUGGGAUCGAUCUGGCUGAGGAUUCGAGAAUAGUAUUUAUGCUGGAGGAGACUUGUAACAGAGUUAAGCAAGUGCUGGUUCAGGCCCAAGAGUAUGCGCAGACGUACGAGGAGUAUUGUUGGCUGUGGCUGGACGACAGGCAGGAGUACCUGAAUAAUUUUCUCCGCUUUGCCCGAAGCCUCAAUGAUGAAGAGAAAGAAUUAGCGACCCAAUCCCCCGAAUUAAUUGGCCAAGUCAUCAAAGAUAAGACACCCGACCUGUCCGACUUCAAACGAGAAAUUGAUUACUUUAUGGAUUACUACAAAAAAUGCAGUGAAAUUGAGAAUGAGAAAAUCCUCUUCAAGUGGCUCAGAAUCGAUACUAAGCCAUUUAAGCAUGCUUUAUUGAAUAUAAUCUGCAAGUGGGCAUACGUUCUAAAAAUGCAUCUCGUCAACUCGGUGAACACGAGUUUAAUGCAGUUAUCAAAUUUUCUGCAUGCUGCUGGUGAUCGAUUUGCCCAGCCAGUGCUCGAAGACGAUUACGACGGCUUACUGCAAACCAUCUAUUAUUUAAAGGAAGUGAGGGAUAGACAGUACAAAAUUGAUGACAUGUUCGGUCCACUCAAGGAUAUCAUCAAUCUACUCAGUGACUAUCAAGUCGAAUUCGAUGAUCAGACGUUCAACUGGUUGACAACAUUGCCAGAAUUGUGGACAAGUGUGAAAAAGCUGGCGGCGCAAGUGAAGCAAGUUGUCUCUCCACUCCUUGAUCAUCAAGUGGAUCUUGUAAAGAAACGAUUGAACUUCUUCGACUACAGGCAACAACAGUACCUGAAAGCAUUCCAUAAGAAUGAGUUGUUCAGUGCCACAUGCAGAGAUGUUUACGAGAAGCUCGAUACUGUAAAUAUAGACAUUGCGAUACUCGAGGAUGAAUUAAAAACGUUGACGGAUACCACUCAGAUUUUUGAAUUGCCGGGUCAAGAGUUCAAAAGCAUUAAAGAAGCGAGGCGAGAAUUAAAGCUAUUGAAAUGUCUAUGGGAUUACGUAACCGUCAUAAAAACGAGUCUGGAUGAAUGGAAAACGACACUGUGGAAGAAGUUGGAUGUUGAGGGAAUGGACCAGGAGUGCAAAAAGUUGACGCGAGAAUUGAGAUUGCUGGAUAAAGACAGCAGGAGCUGGAAAUUGUAUGGAUAUAUUGAGAGCCAAGUGAAGAAUAUGAUGUCGUCUUUGAGGGCUGUAUCGGAGCUGCAGAAUCCUGCCAUCAGAGAACGGCAUUGGCAGCAGUUAAUGGUUGAAACACAUGUGAAAUUCACGAUGGAUGACAGAACAACCCUCGACGAUUUGCUCAAACUCGAGCUCCAUAAGUACGAGGAGGAAGUUAAAAAUACUGUCGACAAAGCAGUUAAAGAGAUGGCUAUGGAAAAAACUCUGAGAGAGUUGACAAACACGUGGACUAGUCUUGAGUUCAACAAAGAGUACCACGACAGAACGAAACUGAAUCUAUUGAAAAUUGAUGAAGAGACUGUUGAAGUACUGGAAGACCAUCAAGUACAACUUCAAAACAUGUUGAGCUCGAGAUUCGUGGGUUACUUCAUCACAACAGUAACAGAUUGGCAGCACAAGUUGAGCAACGCCGAUGGUGUGAUCAAUACCUGGUUUGAAGUUCAACGUGGUUGGAUGCACCUGGAGAGUAUUUUCAUCGGUUCCGAGGACAUACGAAACCAACUCCCCGAGGAUUCCAAACGCUUCGAGAAGAUAGACCACGACUUCAAAGAUAUACUGAAGGAUAUGCUGGCGACUCCAAACAUCGUUAGGGCAACAAAUAAACCGAAUCUCCUGGAGAAGCUUGAGGAGCUGCAGAGACAACUGAACCUCUGUGAAAAAGCCCUAGCAAAUUAUCUCGACACUAAGAGAUUGGCUUACCCCAGAUUUUACUUUAUAUCCCCAGCAGAUCUCCUGGAUAUUCUCAGCAGUGGCAACAAUCCUGAAUUAGUCUGCAGACACUUAUCGAAAUUGUAUGACUCUGUCGCCAAUCUCAAGUGGAAAAUAGAAAGUGGAAAAUUAUCGAAAACUGCUAAUGCACUGAUCGCUAAAGAUGGCGAGGAAAUUGAUAUGUAUGGUACAUGCGACUGCAGUGGAAAAGUAGAGGUGUGGCUGAAUCGUGUUACUGAUGCCAUGCGAAGAAGUGUACGUUAUCACUUUAGCCAAGCUGUUGCCACGUACGAUGAAAAACCACGUGAACUUUGGAUAAUGGAUUAUCAAGCACAGCCAGCACUCUGUGGUACACAGAUUUGGUGGACCACCGAGGUGAAUAUGGCUUUUGCAAGAUUAGAGGAGGGAUUCGAAAACUCAAUGAAGGAUUACCAGAAGAAGCAGAUUAAUCAGCUCAAUGCACUCAUUAUUAUACUGUGUGGAGAAUUGAGUGAAAAUGACAGGCAAAAAAUUAUGACGAUAUGCACAAUUGAUGUUCAUGCUAGAGAUGUUGUUGCCAAGUUGAUUUCUAUGAAGGCUGAAAAUUCAUCGAGCUUUCAGUGGCAGUCACAGCUCAGGCACAGAUGGGACGAUAAACUUGGUGACUGUUUUGCCAAUAUCUGCGACGCAAGUUUUGCAUACGCCUACGAGUACUUAGGGAAUGUUCCUCGUUUAGUAAUAACACCGUUGACAGACAGAUGUUACAUCACCCUCACUCAAUCCUUGCAUUUGGUAAUGGGUGGAGCACCAGCAGGACCCGCUGGAACUGGCAAAACAGAGACAACCAAAGACUUGGGGCGUGCGCUUGGCCAAAUGGUUUAUGUAUUCAACUGCUCCGAGCAAAUGGAUUACAAAUCCUGUGGAAAUAUUUAUAAGGGAUUGGCCCAGACUGGUGCUUGGGGAUGCUUCGAUGAGUUCAAUAGGAUAUCCGUGGAGGUGUUGUCCGUUGUUGCUGUACAAGUCAAGUGCGUGCUUGAUGGUGUCAAAAGCCGGAAGAGAAAAUUUCUAUUUUUCGCCGAAGAACUGAAUAUUGUCAAUACCGUUGGAAUGUUCAUUACUAUGAAUCCUGGUUAUGCCGGGAGAACCGAAUUGCCGGAAAAUUUGAAAACUUUAUUCAGACCAUGCGCCAUGGUAGUCCCAGACUUCGAAUUGAUCUGCGAAAUAAUGCUGGUGGCUGAGGGAUUCCAGGAGGCGCGUUUAUUGGCACGAAAAUUCAUCACACUUUAUACUCUCUGUCGUGAACUACUUUCCAAGCAAGACCAUUACGACUGGGGACUGAGGGCAAUCAAGUCCGUUCUCGUUGUUGCGGGAAAAUUGAAACGUGGCGAUCGCCAUCGCCCCGAGGAUCAAGUUCUAAUGAGAGCACUCAGAGAUUUCAAUACACCAAAAAUUGUUACCGACGACACUCCAGUUUUCAUGGGACUCAUUGGUGAUCUCUUCCCAGCCCUCGAUGUACCGAGAAAGCGAGAUCUUGAAUUUGAAAAAAUGGUACGAGGUGCUGCUGUUGAUUUGAAGAUGCAACCGGAGGAUGGUUUUAUUUUAAAAGUUGUUCAACUGGAGGAACUUUUCAACGUGAGGCACUCAGUGUUCAUCGUGGGUUUCGCUGGAACUGGCAAAACUCAGGUAUGGAAAACUCUCUUUCGAACGUACAUGAACCAGAAACGAAAGCCCUACUACAACGAUCUCAACCCCAAAGCUGUGACCAACGACGAGCUGUUUGGAAUUAUCAAUCCAGCGACCAGAGAGUGGAAGGAUGGAUUGUUCUCGGUGUUGAUGAGAGAUCAAGCGAAUAUGAGUGGCGAUGGACCAAAGUGGAUAGUCUUUGAUGGGGAUAUCGAUCCAAUGUGGAUAGAGUCUCUCAACACUGUGAUGGACGACAAUAAAGUUCUCACCCUAGCCAGUAACGAGAGAAUAGCUUUGACUAAACACAUGAGACUACUCUUUGAAAUUUCAAACCUGAGAACUGCAACUCCAGCUACUGUUUCAAGGGCCGGAAUUCUCUACAUUAAUCCCCAAGACUUGGGCUGGAAUCCAUACGUAACCAGUUGGAUUGACACUCGUGAUGGAAGUGAGAGAGCAAAUCUACUCAUUCUCUUCGACAAGUAUAUCCCUUCCCUGUUAGAAGCCUCGAAGGUUAAAUUCAAGAAAAUCACGCCAAUCCCAGAGAUAUGCUCCAUAGAAAUUCUGUGCAAUCUACUGGAUUGCUUUUUAACCCCUGAAAAUCUACCGCCGGAGUGCCCAAAAGAGUGGUACGAAUUAUACUUCGCCUUUUCCUGCAUUUGGGCUUUUGGCUCGCCGACAUUCAAGGAUCAAUUAGUUGAUUGGCGGAAUGAGUUCAGCAAAUGGUGGCUCAAUGAAUUUAAAACCGUCAAGUUUCCGGCUAAUGGAACAGUGUUUGAUUACUUCAUUGAUAAUGAGACUAAGAAAUUUUUUCCAUGGAGCGAACGCAUGGGAAAAUUCGAAUUAGAUAUGGAUAUUCCCCUCCAGUCCACCCUCGUUCCGACAGGUGAAACAACUCGUCUUCGCUUUUUCAUGGAUGUAUUAAUGAAGAAAAGAGUGCCAAUAAUGUUGGUUGGCAGUGCUGGCUCAGGAAAGAGUGUUAUAGUCAUUGAAAAACUCGCAUCUCUCCCCGAUAAUUACAACAUUGCAAAUGUUCCCUUCAAUUAUUAUACAACAUCCGAAAUGCUGCAACGAGUCCUCGAAAAGCAUCUCGAAAAAAAAGCGGGACGCAAUUAUGCACCACCGGGGACGAAACAGUUGGUGUACUUUGUAGACGAUAUGAAUAUGCCGGAAGUCGAUACCUACGGUACCGUACAACCUCAUACGUUGAUACGCCAACAUAUGGAUUAUAAUCAUUGGUACGACCGGUCGAAGCUGACGCUGAAGGAUAUCCAUAACACGCAGUACGUAUCCUGCAUGAACCCAACUGCAGGAAGUUUUACGAUUGAUCCACGUUUACAGAGGCACUUUGCGGUGUUCGCUGUUAGCUUUCCCGGCCCCGACGCUCUAGUCACAAUUUACAGUCAGAUGCUGCAACAGCACUUGGCAAAUCCACUUCAAAAAUUCAAUCCAAUGCUGCAAAAAGUGGUGGAACCACUCAUAAAUGCCGCUCUAUAUACCCACGACAAAGUGACGACUAGUUUUCUACCAACUGCUAUCAAGUUCCAUUACACAUUCAAUCUACGUGAUUUGUCAAAUUUGUUUCAAGGCUACCUGUUUGCAAACGGUGAAACAAUUCCCAAUUUGAGUGCUGGUAUACGCUUGUAUGUGCACGAAGCUACCAGAGUUUACUGCGACAAGUUGGUUAAUUUCGAGGACAAAAGGGCCUUUGAAGCACUCCUCCAGGAUGCAAUUCGGAAAAACAUAUCGGAGCUAGAGGAGACGACGGUAUUUGCCAAACCCAUUAUUUAUUCCCACUUUUCCGAGGGAAUGGGCGAUCCCAAAUAUAUGCCAAUUAGGGAAUGGCCGCAGUUGAUUAAAUUAUUGGAGGAAGCUGUGUUGAAUUACAAUGAAUUAGUGGCGACGAUGAAUUUAGUCAUGUUUGAGGAUGCGAUGUGUCACGUCUGUCGUAUAAACCGUAUUCUCGAGUCACCGAGGGGAAAUGCACUGCUAGUGGGUGUUGGUGGUAGUGGAAAGCAAUCUCUAUCUCGUCUAGCCUCUUUCAUUUCAAGCCUCGAGGUAUUCCAAGUACAAUUGCGCAAAGGCUACUCGAUAAGCGAUCUAAGGGCUGACCUAGCAGGUCUCUACCUGAAAGCAGGCUUGAAGAACAUCGGUAUAACUUUCCUCAUGACAGACUCUCAAGUAGCGCAGGAAAGAUUUCUAGUCGUUGUCAACGACAUGUUGGCCUCUGGAGAAAUAGCUGAACUGUUCGCCGACGACGAAGUUGACAAUAUAGUGAACUCCGUGAGAAAUGAGGUCAAGCAGACGGGAAUGAUGGACACGAAGGAGAAUUGCUGGAAAUUCUUUAUCGAUCGUGUACGUCGCCAAUUGAAGUGCGUGCUGUGCUUCUCCCCAGUUGGUGCAACCCUCAGGAAGAGAGCCAGGCAGUUUCCUGCUUUGGUCAAUUGCACGUCCAUCAACUGGUUUCAAGAUUGGCCUCGUGACGCCUUGGAAUCGGUUUCCGCGCGUUUCAUUGGGGAAUUGGAGGAGCUGCCAAGCCAAUACCGCAUAUCCGUUUCCCGAUUCAUGUCUUACGUUCACUCCAGCGUUAACGAAAUAUCGGAAAUUUACCUCCAGAACGAGAGGAGAUACAACUAUACAACCCCGAAGUCAUUCCUUGAGCAGAUAUCCCUGUACUCAAAACUCUUAUCCGAGAAAAUAAGCAACUCCCAGGGGAUGAUUGGACGACUGGAGAACGGAUUAACGAAACUGGCCUCUUGCGCUGAACAGGUAGACGACCUGAAAGCGAUUUUAGCUGUUCAGGAAGUUGACUUGAAGAAGAAGAACGAGAUUGCUGACAAAAUCUUGGCUGAGGUGACGGAGGAGAACACAAAAGCGGAAGUGGAGAAAGCGAUAGUUUCCGAGGAGGAAGUGAAGAUAGCGGAGAUUAAGGAGAGAGUAUCAGAGAGGCAAAAACGGUGCGAUGAGGAUUUGGCCAAGGCAGAGCCAGCUGUACGUCAAGCUGAGGCUGCAUUGGACACUCUCAAUAAAAACAACCUAACCGAACUGAAAUCCUUUGGCACACCACCGGAAGCCGUUGCAAACGUUGCGCAAGCAGUACUCGUUCUCUUUUCCCCAAAGGGCAAAGUCCCGAAGGAUCGAAGUUGGAAAGCCUGCAAAGCGAUGAUGGGCGGUGCUGAUGCUUUUCUCUCAGCUCUACGAAAUUACGACAAAGAGAAUAUUCAUCCGGACGUUGUGAAAGCCAUACAACUCUACAUCAACGAUAAAGAAUUCGAGCCCCAAUUCAUCUACUCCAAGUCCCAAGCCGCCGCUGGGCUCUGCAGUUGGGUCAAGAACAUUAUGGUCUUUCAUUACAUCAAUGAAAGCGUGAAACCAUUGAGACAGGCGUUGGUCCAGGCUAAUGCUGAAUUGAAGACCGCCAUGGAGAAACUCACAGCCCUACAGUCACGGUUAUCGGAACUGCAAAAAGUAUUGGAAGUCCUCGGGGCUAAGAUGAGUACGGCCCUUGGGGAAAAACAAAAGUGUCAGGAUGAGGCUGAUGCCACUGCAUUGACUAUCGAUCUGGCUAACAGAUUGGUCAAUGGUCUAGCUUCGGAGAAAGUUAGAUGGAUUGAAACUGUUGCCUCGCUGAAAUCAUCGAGCGUAACAAUUCCGGGUGACGUUCUCGUGGUGACAGCAUUUAUAUCAUACGUCGGUUGUUUUACACGAAAAUACAGACAAGACCUAUUGAAUAUCCACUGGUUACCGUUCCUGGAUAAAUUGGAGACCCAAAUACCCCGGACUCCCGAUUUAGAUCCACUCUCAUUGUUAACGGACGACGCGCAAAUUGCACAGUGGAACAAUGACGGUCUACCGGCUGACCGGAUGUCAGCAGAAAAUGCGACUAUCCUGACGAAUUCGUCCAGAUGGCCGCUAAUGAUUGACCCCCAAUUGCAAGGACUCAAAUGGAUUAAAACCACAUACGGUGAUAGUUUGAGAAUCCUGAGACUGUCCCAGAGAAAUUAUCUCGAUCGAAUUGAAUUUGCAAUAUCCAACGGCGAUGUUGUUUUAUUGGAGAACAUUAUGGAGAGUGUCGAUGCAGUCCUGGACCCAAUCUUGGGUAGAGUGCUCAUAAAAAAAGGCCGAGCAAUCAAGAUCGGGGAUAAAGAAGUGGACUUCAGUCCCAAGUUUCGUCUGGUCCUCCAGACUAAAUUAGCAAAUCCACAUUAUAAACCAGAGAUGCAGGCGCAAACAACACUGAUAAACUUUACUGUCACCAAGGACGGCUUGGAGGAACAAUUACUGGGUGAUGUUGUGAAGGCUGAACGUCCAGACUUGGAGAGCACAAAGGCUGAGCUCACUAAGCAGCAAAAUACCUUCAAGAUAACACUGAAAACGUUGGAGGACGAUUUGUUACACAGGCUCUCAUCAGCUGGGCCAAAUAUCCUCAGUGACGUUGCUCUAGUCGUUAAUCUUGAGACAACAAAGAAAACAGCUGCUGAGAUUGGGAUUAAAGUUGCUGAGGCUAAAGUGACUGCUGUGAAAAUCGAUGAGGCGCGUGAAUGCUAUCGUCCAGCAGCCUCCAGAGCCAGCUUACUCUAUUUCAUUCUAAACGAUCUCAACAAAAUCAAUAUGCUCUAUCAGUUCUCCCUCAAGGCCUUCAGCAUUGUGUUUCAAAAUGCUAUUAAAUUUGCCGAGGAAUCCGAUAAUAUCGCUAAGAGAGUUGGAUUAUUGAUUGAGAGCAUCACUUAUCUCGUUUUUAUGUACACCAGUCGAGGACUCUUUGAGAGCGAUAAACUUAUAUUUCUCUGUCAAAUGACUGUGCAGAUACUUCUGCAAACCAAUGAAAUUCUACCCGAUGAACUUGACUUCCUUCUCCGAUAUCCCUAUAAACCAAAUGUCCAGACUCCUGUCGACUUUCUCAACAACACCAGCUGGGGUGGAAUAAAGUUUCUCAGUGAAAUUGACGAUUUCCGGAAUCUCGAUCGUGAUAUCGAGGGCGCCGCCAAAAGGUGGAAAAAUUUUGUUGAAUCGGAGACACCUGAGAGGGAGAAAUUUCCACAGGAGUGGAAAAAUAAAACUGCCUUUCAGAGAUUGUGCAUUUUGAGGUGUUUGAGACUCGAUAGGAUGACUUACGGAAUCCGGUGCUUUGUGGAAGAGAAAAUGGGACAAAAAUUCGUGGAUUCGCGUUCGCCACCGUUCGAGAAAUCGUUUGAAGAAACAAGUGCAUUAACACCGGUAUUCUUCAUCCUCUCACCGGGCGUUGACCCCUUAAAAGAUGUAGAGAAAUUAGGAAAGCAAUUGGGCUUCACCUUCGAUCGAAAGAACUUCCACAACGUAUCAUUGGGUCAGGGUCAGGAGCCAGUUGCUGAAGAAUCGAUGGAUGUGUCGGCGACAGAGGGCCACUGGGUGAUACUCCAGAAUGUUCAUCUAGUGAAGAGUUGGCUGGCAAAUUUGGAGAAGAAAAUGGAACAGUUGUCCGAGCAUCCACACACCGACUAUCGUUUAUUCAUCAGUGCCGAGCCCAAUGCGGAUCCCCAUGAAUCAAUAAUACCCCAGGGAAUUUUAGAGUCCGCUAUAAAGAUAACGAAUGAACCACCAACUGGUAUUCACGCCAACAUUCACAAGGCUCUGGACAAUUUCACUCAGGCAACUCUGGACUCUUGCUCAAAAGAGUCAGAAUUCAAAGGUAUUCUCUUUGCGUUGUGUUACUAUCACGCUGUCGUUGCCGAGAGGAGAAAAUUCGGACCUCAGGGAUGGAAUCGAAUAUAUCCAUUCAACGUUGGCGACUUAACAAUCAGUAUUUCCGUACUGUACAACUACCUGGAGAGCACCACGAAAGUACCCUGGGAGGACUUGCGCUACCUCUUCGGUGAAAUAAUGUACGGUGGACACAUAACGGACGACUGGGAUCGUCGCCUCUGUCGAACAUAUUUACUAGAGUACCUCCAACCCGAUCUUAUCGAUGGCGAUCUUAGCAUAGCUCCGGGUUUCUUAGCACCGCAAAACAGUGAUUACGCUGCUUAUCAUCAGUACGUAGAUGACUAUCUUCCACCAGAGAGCCCAAUACUCUACGGUCUCCAUCCCAACGCCGAAAUCGGUUUUCUCACAACGACGUCUGAGAAUUUGUUCAGAGUGGUUUUAGAAAUGCAACCAAGAGACACCGGCGAGGCAUCCGGUGGUGGUUUUUCCCGUGAAGACAAAGUCAAAGGGAUAAUCGAGGAGCUCGUUGACAAGCUGCCUGAGGAAUUCAAUAUCCAAGAGUUUAUGAGCAAAGUCGACGACCUGACACCCUACACGAUAGUGGCUUUCCAGGAGUGCGAGAGAAUGAAUAUCCUGUGCAACGAGUUAAAACGAUCGCUCCACGAGUUGAACCUUGGAUUAAAGGGAGAACUGACCAUCAAUGCCGACAUGGAGGACCUGCAGAACUACUUAUUCAUGGAUAAUGUGCCUCCCUCAUGGACGAAACGUGCUUAUCCCUCGAGUCUGGGCUUGACUGGUUGGUUUGUUGAUCUAUUAAACAGAAUCAAUGAAUUGGCCAAUUGGACGACGGAUUUCAAUUUGCCGGCAUCGGUGUGGCUUGGGGGAUUCUUCAACCCUCAGUCCUUCUUGACUGCAAUUAUGCAGCAAACAGCUAGGAAAAAUCAAUGGCCGUUGGAUAAAAUGUGUUUACACUGCGAAGUUACUAAAAAGCUGAGGGAGGAUUUUAAUUCUCCACCUCGCGAAGGGGCUUAUAUCAACAGUUUGUACAUGGAGGGGGCACGAUGGGAUACACAAGCUGGCACUAUAGCUGAGUCGAAAUUGAAGGAGUUGUUCCCCCAAAUUCCCGUGGUUUACAUCAGGGCUAUUACUCAGGACAAACAGGAACUCAGGAAUAUGUAUGAGUGUCCGGUUUAUAAGACCAAGUUCCGGGGGCCGACUUAUGUUUGGACUUUCAAUUUGAAGACUAAGGAGAAGGCAACUAAGUGGACCCUCGCUGGCGUUGCUAUAUUGUUGCAGAUUUAA